AUGUCGAAGACGUUGAAGGACUCUAUGAAUCCUCUGACAUGGGAGUACCGUUUGCAUGGAAGCUGCUUCUCGCAGAUUCGCGAUCCGGGAGGCAACGGACGCGAGGCCCACUCCCUUAAGUAUGAGGACGAUGAAUAUGAAUACAAAGAUGUCACACUGACAAAGAAAUACGACCUCUACAGAGAAGAACUUAAAAAAAACCCGAAAAAAUUCAUCAACGAGGACUACAUGUACAACGUUCUACAGCUCCAACAGACGCCCGGGUGGGAGCAGUACUAUAUUUACCCGUAA